AUGCCUCCAUCAGUGUCACACAACGUUCCUCCAUGCCUUCAACCUCGUCUGCCCAAGUCAUCCAUCCGGCUCCUGCCACAGACACCAAUGAGGAACACUCCAAAGGUGUCGACACCACCAACGUUGCCAAAUCCAUCGAACGUUGUGGAGCCAUCUUUCCACACUCCGCUGCCAUGUGAUCAAAACUUCCGCACAAGCGACAUGUUCGCCGUUGUCCAGUUUACUCUAGGAGGCCUGCUCAUGGGCACCGGGAUCGGCUACUCCUCUCCGGCUGGGCCACUACUGAUGAGCAACUCGACGGAGGGAGGGUCGCUGCAGCUUAGCGAGGAUCAGUACAACUGGUUCUCAUCCUUGAUGAAUCUCGGAGCUCUGGUUGGUGGGGUGCUGGGCGGCUUCAGCAUCAAUAGGCUGGGCAGGAGGUUCACCAUGCUUGUUUCUGGCCCCAUUUACCUGACUGGCUGGGCACUUAUAGGUUUUGGCCAGAACUUCGCCACGUUGGUAGCGGGGAGGAUGGUGGUAGGUGCUUGUAUAUGCGCUACCUGUGUUGUUGUGCCCACCUACGUAGGUGAAAUCGCCUCCCCUGACAUCAGAGGCAUCUUAGGGACCAGUUAUGUUUAUGAUAACUCUGGGGAUGUUGUACGUGUACACGAUGGGCGUGUUUGUUACAAACUGGAGAUGGUUGGCGGCUCUCUUGCUGUCCCAGCCGUCCCUUACUUCCUCUCAGUCAUCUUCAUCCAUGAGUCUCACACUUUUCUUCUGGCUAAAGGAAAGUUAGAGCAAGCGACGGCAUCUCUACAACACUUCAGAGGAAAACAUUAUGACGUCCAAAAGGAGAUUAAUAUGAUCCAACAGUCACUGGAGGACGCCAAGAACAACAAGCCAUCAUUGAAGGAAUUUCUGAGACCUCAUAACCUGAAACCUUUCGUACUGUGUCUCACCAUCUUCGUCUCCAUACAAAUGUCUGGAUUGGGCCCUGUCUUAUUCAAUAUGUCGUUCAUAUUUAAGGCUUCGGGAGCGGAUCUGGACGACAACGUUAGCACCGCUAUUGUGGGCGUUGUACAGAUCCUGGCAACUGCACUCAGCGGUGUGCUUGUGGACAAGGCUGGCAGGAAGCUCCUACUUAUUGUAUCAGCUGCUACCGUGUCUCUCUCACUGUGUUAGUCUAUCCUUCCUACUAUAUCAUAUUUCUCAUGAAGU